AUGGCGAGGGGCAAGUUCAAGGGCAAGCCCACCGGCGAGCGCACCUUCUCCUCCGAGGAGGAGCUCGGUACGUACGCAAUGCUCACUCCCUAUCUCCCUGUGCCGUCGGUCGGCGAUUCGUUCGACGCCGACGCGCUCUUUCUAGGGUUCAGUGACCCGUCGCGGCGCGCGCGCGGCGGAAGUGCUGGCUUGGCUGCGAAUACAAUCUACUUCCUAAUCUCCUCAGUUCCUAUUGUCACCAUGCGUUUUAUCUUCAUACUGGAAGUUGGUUCUGUGUAUCUGACAACUGUCAACACUAUUUUGAGCCUAUUAAAUUUGGCCAUUCCCUUCCAAUCUUCUCAUGGUUUUCCUGUGGAACUGAAUGCAGCGGCUGGUACUUCAGCAGGACGUCCAAAGAGCUUUAAGAAGAAGCAAGUUGAAAAGGAGGUUUAUGAAAGAAGGGAGGAACCAAUAGAUGAGGAAGAUGAGGAAGAGGUUGAGAAGACUGAGAAACACAAAGGCACUGCAGGUCUUAUCGAGAUUGACAAUCCAAACCUGGUGAAGCCAAAGGGUAUUAAAGCCAAGGAUGUUGAUGUUGAUAGGACGGCUGGUCUGUCCAGGCGUGAAAGAGAGGAGAUUGAGAAACAGAGAUCCAUAUUGCACUACAAGAGGCUUCAGGAGGAAGGAAAGACAGAUCAGGCCAGGAAAGACUUAGACCGCCUUUCUUUGAUCCGGCAAGAGAGAGCAGAAGCUGCAAAGAAGCGCGAAGAGGAAAAAGCUGCCAAAGAAGAGAGGAAGGCUGAAGCACGCAAGUGAUCUACCCAAGCUAAAUGGACCAGAUAUAACGUUGGCUUCCUGUUUACUGCCUUAAUUUAUCGUACUGUAGGAGUAGCAUCUGGUAUGCACUGUAAGUGUGACUAUGCAGCAACUAUGUAACUGCUU